AUGACCGAGUGGCUUGCUCUCAAUAUUUCCACCAGUCUCAAUGGGGAUCCGGCAAAUUUGAGAACUAUUCAGUUGGUUCAAGUUCCAUCGGUCUACGACUACUUUGUCUUCUUGCAUGUGUAUGCUUCGAGAAGCACGUUGACGAUGAGUUCAAUCUGGCAGUCAAAAUGUGAUCCCAGACAACAGAAACUUGAUUUUGCUCACAAAGGCCCAGGCUUUCCUACCUGGCAUCGUGCCUAUGUGCUUUUUGUGGAGGAAGAACUGGGCAGGUUGAACCCGCUGCCUACGGAUCCUUUUUCCAAACGGGAUGGAGACAACUUCGCUCUGCCUUACUGGGACUGGACCGGGCAAACCGGCUGUUCAGUGUGCACAACUGACUUGGUCGGAGCGUUCUCACCGAAUGGUCAAUUACUGGACUCAAGUCCAUUCGCUGACUGGGUCACAUUCUGCCCGCAAAGACCGGAAUUCGACGACUGCCAUGUCUGUGAUCCAGGAUUGAUCACCUCAAACGACAGAAAAAGUCCAAUGGCUGGCACAACACUUUGGCGCAAAGUGAACGAUCCAAAACUCGCUCCCGGAUUCGCCCGUUUGCCAGACCAGCUUGAUGUGGAUAUCACCUUGAACUGUUCGGACUAUGACGCGUGGCCUUAUAGCAUGGGAGCAGGACGUCAAAGUUUUCGUGAUCUUCUGGAGGGAUUUACCGACCCGAAAGAUGGGGAUUCCAUCAUUUUGCCGUUGCCUCCCGGUAGUGCCAACGACAUCAACGUGAACCAGACCAACACGACAGUGUCGGUUGCCCCACCGAUCUCCAGUGUACUCAACAUUCAGUGCAUAUUUGCUGUUCAUAGCUACUUCAACGGGUCCUGGUUUGACGUGGCAACCAGUCCAAACGAUCCAAUCUUCUUUCUUCACCACACUUUUGUCGACAAGUUGUUUGAGCUCUGGAUACGUAAAAAUCGACCGUCACCUGAGCAAGUAGGUUCAUCGGAUGAUAGAUGUUCCCUUUCGAAUGAAGGAUUUUUCCCGGGGAUAGCCUAG